AUGGGUGGUAGAUUUAGUUCUUCUUGCACUCAACCAUCCGCGGCGGCGGCUCCCUCAGGGCGGGCAGCCGGUGCGUCGCCCGCAGCUCUGGCGGUGAAGUUCGGAGAGCGGCAGCGCUCGCCCCACUGUCUUUUGGUGAAGGAGCACCAGGUGCGGGAAGGGGCCGGCACCGCGCCCCCGCCUCGCCGCACCCUCUUCGUUCUCAACGUCCCCCCGUACUGCGGCCCGGACUCUCUGUCUAGGCUGUUCUCCCGCUGCGGGCACGUCCAGGCUGUGGACGUAUGUGAGAAACCAGGGCCAGGAGAGAAAAAAGAAAAACUCACGUCCAAAUUCUUCAACCACAAAACUGCAACGGGAUUUCAAGUGGCGUAUGUGGUGUUCAGGAAACCAUCUGGUGUCCAGGCAGCCAAGGCCCUGUCACAGGAAGGUCCCUUGCUGAUAUCAACAGAGAGUCACCCUGUGAAAACCGGCAUUAGCAAGUGGAUCGCCAACUAUGCGGCCUCAGUCGUGGAUCAGGAGGAGCUGAAGGCUGAGGUGGAUGCCUACAUGCAAGACUAUGACAAAAAGAUAGCAGAGGAAGAAGCCAAAGCGGCCGAGGAGGAGGGCGUUCCAGAUGAGGAGGGCUGGGUGAAGGUAACGCGGAAGGGACGGAAGCCUGGCCUACCCCGAACAGAGGCUGCCAACCUGCGGGUGCUGGAGAGGGAGAAGCAGAAGAGGGCCCGCAAAGAGCUGCUCAACUUCUAUGCCUGGCAGCAUCGCGAGACCAAGAGGGAGCACAUCGCCCAGUUGAGGAAGAAAUUUGAGGAGGACAAGCAGAGGAUUGCGCUGAUGCGAGCCCAGCGCAAGUUUCGGCCGUACUAAGCUGUGCUGAGCUAUUCCUCAGAUGCCUGUG